AUGAGCAAAACCUCUCAACUGCCUCAAGAUGUUUAUCUCACCCCGAAGAUGGAGCUCCCGAAGGCCCUCUCUGGCCGGCGAACAUUCCUAUCUGCCAUCGUCCACCUGCUAUCACGCCUCCCCGCAGCACCCCUGCUCCGCCAGCUCGGGCUUGUGGGCGCACCGCAGGUGCCCCAGCCCCUGUGCGGGGAAGAUGUGGCAGCCCGGGUCCAUGGCCUGCAGAUGCCCCUGGAUGGCCGCCGCUUCGGCACAUCAUCCCAGACGCUGGUGCAACGCAGGGAGGCUGGGGAUGCCCAGCUCGCCCAGCACGCCCACCGGAAUUUCCUGUGGCUAUCCAGUGAGGAAAUCCUGGAAGAACCAGGGCAGAGGUACCGACAUUCCAAUGAACUCACACCACCAACCAAGAGAGACAUCCUCUGCGUAUCCCUGGGAGCCAUCGGGCUGGAAUUCAUCAGUUUCCUCAUAUUGCUAAUGGACAUCCAGCUCACGGGGCGCCCAGGCUGCGGGCUCCAGCUGAGCACGCUGGUAACCGUCUCCUCCACCCAGUCAGAGAAGACCUGGCACCAGGCUCUGCUCCUGGUCCAAAUCGGGAGGCAGCAUGGAGCUGGCACCCCUACUCAUAAAACCUCAGCCCUGGCUGCCUUCACUCCCCGCGUGGUGCCGGCUCUCGCCGCCUUCCGUCCGUCCGCCAAGAUCAAGUGCCAGCUCAGGGAGCGUUUUCGAGAAGCCCCCGGCUGCCCACCACACCAGCAGCUGUGUGUCCUCUCAGCGCCGGCACGCGUAGCCGACACCGGGCCCACCGUGAGCAGAUGCGGCCACCGGAGCUGA